AUGGCAGUUAAUUUUCUAAGUUCCAGCAAUGUUCGAGUUGUUUUGACAACAAUGAAACGAAUGAUUGUUCAGAAAAUUGUGUCAAAUAUUGCAGAACAACAAAAGGCAUGUCUUAUUUUUGAUAGCACACAAGAUUUUAGUAAAAAGGAAGCAAAUGUUCUUUUGCUGAGAUAUCUAGAAAUAAAUAGUAUGGGAGAUUUGCAUUCAGUUGAAAGAUUGUUGGAAGUCUUUACUUGUGGAGAAACAUCGGGCAAGAUACUCAAAGGAGAAGCUGGAUUGGCUACUCUUAUUCAAAAGGAGUGUAAAAAGCAAUUUAUAUUUGGUGCAAUGCACACAGGACUGCUAGAAGAUUUAUAUUCAUUCAUGAAUGGUCAUCGCAGAAAUGCUGUAUUCCAAAAUUCUCAAAGUAAUUGUCAGCAUAAAAUGCAAUUAAAGCGUGUUCAAACCACUCGCUGGAACAGCACAGAAUCAGCCGUAGAAACGGUGAUGAAAAGAUAUUCAGAAAUAUUAGCAAGUCUAUCCGAGUUGGCUGAAUCAUCAUUGAGUGACGGCAAAACAGUUACUGUUGCACUUGGACUUCGUAAAAGAAUGAAAAACAUCCGUGUGAUAAUUAGCAUGAAAAUUUUAAAAUUGGUUUAUAAUAUUAUUGGUCCUGUAUACAAAGCAGUGCAGUGUAUAUCAAUUGACAUGGCGUCUGCAACAGAACUGAUAAAAGACUGCAUUCAUCAGUUUGACAUCAUAAGAAGAAAUGCUGAUUUGACGUGGAAAACAAUAUGCAGUGAAUCGAAAUCAUUCGCAACAGCACAUAGCAUCAGCCCAGAUUUUGAUUUUGAAAGACGUCGUACGAAAAAAAAAUGUUUGAUGAACGUUGCAGCGACGAAUGUUCAGUUGGAUUAA